AUGGUAGACUGGAAAUCGGGGGAAGUGGUCCAGAUGGAUUCCAUGAUCUUCCUGAAGUUUAUGCAUGCCCUCCUUGGUCUAUACUUAUGGGAAUUCUUUAUCUCUCUGGAUUUCGAAUGGGCUGUCAUGACGGGCAAGACGAGGUUCCGUUGGCCACUGAUUUUCUACUUUGCCGGUCGGUAUCUUCUUCUUUUUGCACUCAUUGGAAUUGCUGUAGCCCUGGAUACACCAAGUGAAAUCAAUUGUCAAGUACUUUAUGCCUUUAAUCAGCUGGCUGGCAAUGCGGCAGUUGGACUCGCGAGCAUCAACCUUUCUGUCCGGACGAUCGCUAUCUGGUCCCAGAACACUUGGAUCGUUAUCCUCCUGGUGUUAAUGAUUAUCGGGCAUUGGUCUCUCAUCCUACAAGGUAUCCUUCUAACUGCCGUCUGGCUUCCCGGCGUCGGUUGUGCAAUCACUUACAGCGAUACCACUAUCCUUGCUGCCACUUUCAUUUAUUCAAUGUGUUUCGACUUUGUGGUCUUGUGCCUUUCGGCAUAUAAGCUCGCCUGGACUCAUACGCGGAGUGGCACGAGCAUCGCACCCUCCAGACUUGUCAGGAUGUUGUUCUCUGAUGGCUUGAUAUAUUUUUUUAUCGCGUUCGUGUCCAAUGUGAUCGCGACAACUAUGAUGGUGCUCAACUUGAACGCCAUCAUGAGUGUUAUUUUCAACGUCCCAGCUGCUAUUGCUUCAACAAUUGUAGCAUCUCGUGUUGUUAGGCGGCUGACCAACUUCCAGCGUUCAGGAGUAGAGAAUAUCCUCCCUCUGGAAAACUGCGGUACUGCAUUCAAGAACACUGAUGCAGGACUUUCUAACCCGAUUGGCACACCAAGGACUACUGGCGUUCAUGUUGAGAUGGACACCUUCACACGUGCAGCGAAUUUUGACCUUGCGGGGUAUCGUAGUGUCCAUCGCACCGCGUCUUCAGCAGCAAGCUACAGUGAGGACCAUAAGCCAGUGCAGGUAGUUUGA